GUCUGCAGGAGCUCCAGGCACUCGGCAUGAAAGGAACCUGAGUGACAUCCACAGCUCCAGUGCAGACCUGACAGGCAGCUCCUGACAUAAGGCACCGUGCUUGGAAGAAAGUCACUCCUUCAUUUAGGAAGAUUUCAGAUGCUUCACACUUGAUUUGCUUUUUAUUGCCAGCACAAUGAAGGAAAUGUCCUGCUUCUGCUUGGCUUUUUCUUCCUUGUUGGAACAGAUGGUGAAGGCUUACAAAUACGUGACUGGUAUUUUUUCAGUGACUCAUAACUCAGAGCCACAGGUUUCAGAUGGUGAUAAGAAGCUCACCAGGAUGGAUGUAAGCAUACUUGAGGAGCAGUAUGACCAUAUAAAACAGAAGCAAAAACUGCAACCACACAUUAUUGUAUAUAAAACAGGUGGACAUGAAUCUGUUCUGCCAGAAUCAAUGAUCAACCCUGUUCUAAUUAAUAAGAAAGUUAAAAGAUCAAAGUCAUGUAGAGGAGACGUUCCUGCCCGAAAGGUCCCACUGGAGACAACCAACGGUGGCGACUCAGAAGAGGAUUUGCUAUGGCACGUCCACCUGGGAAGGCACCGCCUGGGGCAGGCCCUGGGACAAGGACAUUCCUGGGAUCUCUCCCACUACAACAGCACACCAUGGAAUUUUGACAACCAGAGACUGAUUUCAAAGGGAAAUGGCACACUGCAGACCAAGGAACACGAAGGAACAAGUGAACUGGCUGAGCUCAGGCAGCUGGGAAGCUCAAGCAUGUUGAACAGUCUCAGCAAAGAGAACGGCUGCGACAUUUCAAGCUCCUGCCAAAAGCCUCCUCUGGAAUCAGCCACUGCAGCACUUUGGGCACAUCAGCAGAUUUCUGCUACAAAAGGCAUGCCAGCCUGCAACAAACUGAACUUUUACCCUUUCCCAAAUAGGAAAGGGCCCAGAAUUUCUGAAGCUGCAAGGAGGCUUGGGUUGUACGUCUCACAAUGAAGACAUUCAGUAAUACCUAAAACUUAGUCAAAAACUUGACUAAAGCUUAAAAUAGCAAAGUAGUUACACAGAUCAGCCUGCUGAGGGUUUACUACUACUACUAGCCAUGGAAGAUUCUGACUAUAUAAUCUUUAAUACCUUUAUAAUUUUUAACAUAUGAUUUCAUCAUUCACUUUCAAGAUACUCAAGAUAAUUUCUGAUGUAUUUUUAAAAUCAAUUAAUAAAACCUCUGCUCAUUUC